AUGAUAAAAGAUUUGAAAUUAAUGGUAGUAUACUGGGAUAUACUAUUAGGAAUAGAACAAGCAAUCAAAGAUUAUCAAUCUCAAACAAUUAUAAAAAAAAGCUUUAAAGAAAAGCUAAACCAAUAUCUAACAGACUUACCAGUAGAAACACUGAGAGGAUUAGUUUGUAAACUCUUCUAUAUAGUAUUAGAAAGAGAAUCUAAAGAACUAACAAAAGUAGUUCAAGAAAUAGAUAAACAAACAGAACUUAUACAAGCAAUAGCUGAACUCCAAACAGCAGCUAAAGAAAUAGGACAAUUUAAAUACUUUUUAACACAAACAGAAUUAAGAGUAGAUACUAUAAGAAUAAAUAUAGAAUUAGGAAGAAUAACAACAUUAAAAGAUUUAAAUAAUUCUAUAAUAGAACAAGAAUCCAAUUUAGAGGAAAUCAUAAACUUAAACGAGUAUAUUGAAGGACAAUAUAAAGUUGUACUAUAUCAAUUACUGAAAGAUUUAUAUGACAAAAUUAUAAAAAGAGGAAAUUCUAGAAUAGGACCCAACUUUGAAAAUUUAAGAAAAGGACUAGUUGAAGUAUCAACAGUGAUAAAGAAAGUAAUACAACAAAUAGAUUAA